AUGAGUCUUGUAUUAGAUGAUAUCGUCCUCUCAUUAACAAAUGCUAACGAACGAACACCACCACAGACCCUUAGGACCACUUUACACCUGCUAUACGAAAAAUCGAAACAAUAUGGUCUCUCUUCAUCGCAACUACAAACACUUGUACGGUGGCUCUGCGAAACUUCCAUAAUAGACACGGUUACAAAAGUGUACAUCGUGGAAAAUUGCUUUUUUCCAGGUGAUUACUUGACUAAGGAUCUUCUUUUGGAGAUUAUUAACCAUCUCGGCACGCCAACAAUAUUUUCUCGAUAUCGCAUACAAACGCCUCCAGUCCUACAAUCCGCACUUUGUAAAUGGUUAGUGCACGUUUAUUUCCUAUUUCCUGUAUCUUCAGAACGCGAUCACAAUAUAUUCGGUUCUAUCUGGUUGCAUUUAUGGCAAUUUUCGUUCUUACAGAAGUGGAUAACACCUUUGGUUAUUUGGCAGGCUACGGCGUCCAUUGAUGUCAAACCUUGGAAACUGUCUAUCAUAAAGAAGUGCGCCAUGAAUCCAGGUUAUCGGGACGCUCCCGCUACUGCGACCCUGAUCUUGCAACGAUUUCAAUGUCUCGUGGGUGAAUCCAGCCAGAUCAUUGAAUCGAUAAUUACAAUCAAUUGCAACAGAAAGACCUUGAAAAGUCAUCGGGAUUUGAAAUUAAAUGUGCUUUUUUUAUCCACUUUGAAACGGAUAUUAUCUAGAGCGCACCCAGCUAAUUUUCCCGCUGACACUGUCCAAAACACAAUUGACAUGUACUUGAAUGAAAUUCACCAACUAGGUACUGGGUCUACACGCCCACUCCGACUUCAAUCAUUCCAAGGAUAUUUUUCCUCGGAUAGUACAGUCUCUCUUUGGGAUAUCACUUCAUUGGAACAGUUAGCUCAAAACUGGUCACAAUUACUUAUUCCCAAUGAUGUAGAUUCUAUGAUGGCACCAUCUUCAAGCGACAAUGUCUUACUGCCGCGAAAAGUCAUGUCUAGGGAGUCUCUCAAACAUUUAUACUCUAGUAUUAUUCUCAUCAAAAAUUGCCACGAUGAGUCGGCAUCACCAUAUGAAUGGUGUAUUUGGCAAUUGAAGCGAUGCUUCGCGCACCAGAUAGAGUCCCCUCAAAAAGUGAUUUCCACCGUCAUCUCGAUUUCCUCGAUGGAGAAUUCAUUGUCUUCUCGAAUUAUUAGAACGUUUUGUAACUUGAAAUAUUUAAAGCUCGACGAGUUUACGUUGAGAAAAAUUUGUGGUGGAAUCUUGCCAUUAUGGAAACCCGAACUAAUCAGUGGUACAAGGGAAUUUUUCGUUAAGUUUAUGGCUGGUAUUCUUAUGUGGACUAUACGAGAUGGUCACGAUAAUAAUCACACAUUUUCUGAGAUUUGUUUCUACGUUUUACAAAUGAUUGCGAACUGGGUUUUCGACGACAAAUGGACAGCGCUUGGACUUACACUGCUGCAUGACAUACAAAGGUUGCUAACUUUGGAUAAAAUCUUCAACAAUGCUACUUCAAACAGGUUUCCUACAAUGGCUAUCAUCAGUUCGUUAGAUGUUUUAACGCAAUUGUCGACACAGACGGAAUCGGGUUAUGCGAUUCAAUAUUUGAUAGUGGGCCCUGACGUUAUGAAUAAAGUCUUCACUUCGGACGAUCCCUUACUGCUAUCAGCUGCAUGCAGGUACUUGGUUGCUACGAAGAAUAAAUUGAUGCAAUACCCGCCAACAAAUAAAUUCGUUCGGAUGCAAAACCAAUACAUCAUGGAUUUGACAAACUAUCUUUAUAGGAAUAAAGUUCUUUCAUCCAAAAGUUUAUUUGGUGUCCCGCUAGAUUUCUUCAAACUGAUUUUGGAGAAUGUUUAUAUUCCAACUGCAGAUUUUAAAAACGUUAAAUUUUUCACGAUAACUGGUAUACCAGCACUAUCGUAUACUUGUAUUACUAUUCUAAGGCGACUGGAAACAACCGAAAAUACCAAAAUAAAAUUUGCCAGCGGUAUUAUAAAUGAGGAGACGUUUAACGAUUUCCUCCGAGUAAAUCACGAUGAGAUUGCCCAGCAUGGUUGGAUAAAGGGGGUUAAUAACAUUCACGACUUGAGAGUAAAAAUCUUAGUGUAUUUGAGUGACACUGCUAAUCCGUAUAGAGACAUUGCAGUAUUCUUGUUCACAUAUUUGAAGAGUCUCUCAAAAUACAGCCCUCAAAAUUCCUAA